AUUCAAUUCAAGCCAGUUAAACGUUUAAAUAGAUCGCGUCAUUGCUUUUUCUAAUGAUUCAGCCUAGAAGUAGGUCUGUGCCGCUUUUGUAAAUGAAAUGCAUUUUAAGAAACUGCGAUGUGCAAAUCACGAAAAUAAAUUUUAGUGAUGGAAAAUUUUGUGCCAUCUCUCUGCUUUCUAACUUUUUUUGGUUAUUCGUUUGAUUUCUUUGUUUAAAUUUUAUUUUAUUUUAUUUUGGUUACAACUUUAUUUUGGUGAUUUUUCUCUUUUCAGUUGAGAAAUGUUAUCAGACUCGGUUCUGAGUGUACUAGUCAGCAGUUUCAUUCUGCUUGUCAGUUUGUGCAAUGCACAGACUGCUCCGAUAACCGACAGCUUCAACAAAGAAGACACCGAGCGAGUAGCUGCAUUGGCCAUGAACACUUUAUCAAACCCGACUCAACAUGAUUUGGCAACUCUGUUUUACGCCUCAAGUAUUGUGAAAGGUUUGGGUCAACAGGUCAAGAGUUCGAAACCGGUGUGCGACUUUGUGAAAUCGAAGGUGGCGGCUUCUGCCAGUCAGCUGCAGAACGCAUAUUACAUCGCGGGUAUUAGCAAGGCGCUCUCGUGUGCGGUUCCUGCGAAGGACUUCGAGAAGACCAUCAAGACAGUGGAAGAUGAAAAGACCAAGAUGCAAGACCGAUUCUACGGAAUCCAAGCGGCUGCAGACUUCGGAUCCCUGGCGUCCAUCAACGCAGACUUACUCGUCAAAUCAAUCUCAGCUCAAUUGACAUCAAACGUCGACACUCCUCUGUCGAAUCAAGUUUAUGGAGUGCAUAUUGCGUCUAACUUGGCAGGAACCGCGAAAACAUCUGCAACUGAGCUGAACAACUUGUUCUUGUUGGUUGAAGACAUAAUUGGUCAGGCGGAUGAAGUGAACGAAAAGUAUCUUCAGCUGGAGGGAGGACUGGGAGUGACUGCUCUGUUUGUAGAAGGGGCCUUCAAUUUGGCUGCCAAACUAAACAAGCCACCUCUGAUCCUGCAGAACAAACUGCAGCAGCUGUCCAGCUACAUUCUCUCUCGCAAGGACAGUCAGAACCUGAAGAGUCUCUACUUUGUGGUCCUCUCUGCUCACACCCUCUCCACCAACCAACACUUCAUCCCAGUGGCAGUGUCCCUGGACACCCUCGCAUUCUCCGCUGCCAGCAAGGACGAGAAGGUCAAGGUGAGAGUGACUAAUCUGCUGGGGGCGGAGUUGAAGGGCGUCUCUGGAGUGACCGCAGAACAGGUGGAAAGGAACUCGGACUCGGUCAUCGUCGUCAGCAAGGAACAGCUCAAGGCAACCACGCCCUCAGACAAGUCUGUGUAUACAUUGGACCUGUUGAAAUUGAAGCCUGGCGCUGGAUUCUACACCCUCACGGUAUCGGUGUCCUCCAGCUCAGCACCUGGAUCGGCAAAACUGGUUGGAAUGGCCCCUGGAAAUGCAAAGUUGAGUCUGCGUGUAUUGACUGAGGUGACUGCGAGUAACAUGAACAUUGCAGUGAUCGACUCCGAGUCCACUUCCACCAUCGGAAAGCAAAAUCCUGUGUCUUACCCGAAUGCAUUGAAAUCGACUCUGUAUGCUGACUCCACUCAGAAGGUGGUGGCUUCCUUCUCCAUCAAAGACAAACUGUCCAAUCUGGACUUCGAGCCCCACCAGGUGUUCAUGAGGAUGGUCCACAUCGAGUCUGACCAGGAGGUGUUCUUCGUCUGUGAAAAGUCGGCAGGACUGUACGAGUUCGAAAUGAAACUCAAGGCGAGUGACAGCAUCUUCAAGUCACUAUCUGGCGACUACAACAUGUACUUGAUAGUGGGCGAUGCAGUGGCCUCCAACUCCUUCAUGUGGCAGCUAGCCAAGAUCACUCUCGCGUUCGCAGAGGGAAAGACAUACCAGCCAGCCUCCUAUCUGGACGAGUUCAAGCCCAAGCCAGAGAUUCAUCACAUGUUCCGACAGCCUGAUCCUCGUCCGGCUCUCAUCUUCUCCCAGGCAUUCGCCGUGCUGGCUCUGCUUCCUCUCCUGUUCCUCCUACUGAUCUGGUCAAAAAUGGGUGCUAAUGUGGCCAAUAUGGAGAUGGAUGUGCCCACCAUUGGGUUCCACUUGGGACUGGCUUCCAUAUUUGGACUCUACUAUUGCUACUGGGCACAACUGAAUAUGUUCCAAACUAUGAAGUGGCUGGUAUUGCUGGGGUCAAUAACUUUCUUCUGUGGACACAAACUGCUCAAAAAACUAGCCAUUGCCAGGGUUAACAACUCGCGUGUAGUUGGCGGAUAACGAAAAGAAGGUGGAAUAAACCGAAGGAGAGAACAAACGAGAUUCAUUGUGAAGCAUCAAAGCCAUGAAUAGAAAAAAUUUCCUUAGUGAAAAUAACAUCAAAACGGCCUGAAUCAGCGGAUUACUGAACGACUGUAUUAAACAACUGGACUUGUUUUGUAACUUGUUUAAAAUUGUUAUUGAUUGACUAGAUCGAAUUCAUAAACAAAAUUGUUGAAGAAAAAGCUGGUAAAAAGUGUUUUUGUGAUUAUUAUACCAUAUCUUUUCAUUGUUGUACGUUGAAAAUGCCCUAAUAGUAUUUAUCUUUUUUCAUAUAUAUAUUUGCUUCCAAAUUGUGACACUUGGAACCAUUUUACUUGCUUCGAAAAAUUUUGGUUUUUUAAUGGCAAAAUCUUUAAAUUUUUUAAGGUUAUAUCAUCAAUAAUGAAUGGUUCCUCAGUACUGAAUAGUUGAUUUUCUUUGAAAAAUGUACCCAAAUUUGUGAGUGGAAGUGUACAAAAUUUAUCUCUUAAACAAACGUGUUGAUUAUAUGUAAAAGUAUCAUAUAUGGGGUUGGGCUUUGUUUCAAAUUACGUGUAUUGGUUGGUUAAUAAAUA